CCAUUAGUGAGAGCUCAGACGGCGGUGAGGCUUAGCACCAGGUUUGAUCUCUACAUGCUCUACUAACAAACCGUACCGACUCUGCAGUGACCACCGCGCAACAAUGAGGAGCCUUUCUGUCCUCUGCUGUCUUUUUACAGUGAUGUUGACACUGGGAGCCGAGAUCAACGUCGAGGGAACAGAAGGGGGAGAGGUGUCGUUCAUGUGCUCUCAUAAACUGGCGCACAACAACAACAAGUACUUCUGCAAAGACCCGUGCAAGACCAAAGAAGACAUUCUGGUUGAAGUGUCCCCUGGUAAGAUUGCCACCUCUGGAAGGAUAAUGCUGGUGGACCCUGGGGACGGCUCCUUCACGGUUAAAAUCACACAACUUCUUCUGUCAGACGCACACAUGUACUGGUGCGCCGUGGUCAGGUCCAUCAGCAGCACGUACACGUCGGUCAACCUGACUGUACAUAAAGCUUUUAAAAUGACGGUUUCACCUGUUGUUUCUUCCUCCUGGUUUCCGACCGUCACCGACUCAACACAACUGACAACCCGCAUGGGAACAAAUGCGACAGGAAACAUCUCAGAAGUGAUAAACAACACCACUUCAACAACUACAGUGUUGGCUAACGUCAGCCUCAACCCUGUGUUGUUCGCUGCGGCCGGGACCGCUGCUACACUCGUAAUCUUCACCCUGGCCGCGUACGCCAGGAAACGCCGAGAAAUGUCGAAACCUCAACUCCUGCUUUGCCUCGACAACAAAGAGCCCAGGAGUGAGGUUACUGAACGUCAAUUUAAUGACAAGGAAGUGAAGAGGGACAUAUCCGUCAUUACUGACCAUUUACAACAGCAUCCGGCCAGACACACUGGCCCAGUUUCCCUUCCCGUUUAUGAAAACCUCCCUUUCUCUUCUGCUUCAAGAAAUUUACCAACAGAUCAGCAAAGCAUCGAUGACGCAGACCACAGGAUCUACAUCACGCCGUUGCCGUUCGCAGCGGCAGAAAUAAACAGUGUGUCUCAGUCUGUCUCUACUGAACCGCCUUCCAGAUCGCUUUGGUUUGGUUUAGAUGUGUCAAGAAUAAAUCACGUUUAGGAUGGCAAUACAGUACUUUUUUUUUUAAAGAUGUUAAUAAUGUCACUUUAAGCAAUACUUACAAUGUUUUUGUACACUAUACAUAUGCUUUUAAUCCUGAAACCUACUAAAAACUAAACUGGUGUAGCUAAAAAUAAAAAAAAGAGAGCAGAGAGAAACUAGAGAGUGAUUUAAGUUCACAGUACAUUUAGGUGGUAGUAAGUAGAGUAAUAUAGAAGUUUAAAGAUUAUAUGCUAACAAUGCAAUUUAAGGAACAAAUAGUACUUUCCAUAAACACUGCAUACAUACAGGAUGGAUGAAAGUGAAAUAUUAUCUUCUUUGUGACCUCACGUUAAUAGCACAAGCUGCUUAUUUAUAAAUGAUUCAUGCCUUCUGGAAACCUAUAUAACUGUGGAUAUUUAAAUGUACUGUAUAUAUUUGCACUGAUGGAUGUUUAUAUCAAGUAUCAAAAACUGUUCAUAUGUUUUUCUUCACUGUGUAAAUCAUCGUCACUUUUCCCAAUAAAAACUUCUUCUCUUUCA